GUAAAUACCCUUGAAAAAUGACAAUAAUCCCGCCGUCUUUCACCGUGCUGCCAUCAUUAAAAAUGUCGACUGGUAAGACAUUUCCUGAAUAAGACAUCACUUGUCUUUAAUUCAUGACUUGUCCGUUGAAUGGAAAAUUCAUUUAAUUCUUGGCCAUCUCAAGUAAGUGCCUCAAUAUAUUGUACAAGUAUCAGAUCGCUCGCUAGAACUGGUUCAAACUGGUUAGACGACUUUGCCAUUCGCCGACGGCUGCGGCGUGGGGGAAGGGAGUUGUUUGUACAUAUAAUAACGUGAAGUUGAAGUGUUGGAGCGUUGGAGGUCAUCUAGCCAGCCGCCUCGCCUCGGAUGAGAGGGAUUGGAUUUGGGGGAUUAGACAUGGCUCUGACACGUAUCGGGUGCUCCAAGGACCUCCCGAUCAUACUAACGAGGCUCAAUCAUGGAGCGAAUGUUCCCCUGGGAAGGGCCAACAGCAGACCCCUCGAUCCUCGUUGCUCAGACCUUCAGGGACCAGCGAAUUUCCAUCUCUCCGGAGCUCGUCGUUACCCCGAAGCCCCCGCCCUCCCUCUUCCGGGGAAUCUGUCCGAGAUAUUUAGCAACGAGACCGGUCGAUUCGCCCCGGAGAGGGUCAGGGACAUCACCACCCCCAUGAUGCUUUACGGCACCAACACCACCAAGACCUGGGACAAAUCAUCCUGGAUGUCCACCAGUACCAGCACCAGCACCAGCACCUUUUGGGACUCCCACGUGGACUCGUACGACUGCUUUGGGGCAAUCAGUCUCAGUGGCAUCAUGCAGACCAAUGUACCGCAUCCUUGCAAGUCCACGGCAAGGGGAACACACAUGAACAUGCCUGGGGGGCAGUGGGUGCAGAAUGGAAAAUAUAUCGCUGAGUACAUGCAGAAAAAUCACUAUGACUUCAUCAGGAAGAAUUUUUAUUCUAAAACAUCGGGGGGAAAUGGUUCCAUCAUCAAGGCUUGCUACUCAACAAGUGCAGCAGAACCUCCAAAAAUAUCAGAGAAUACCACUGAUGAAAAUAAAUUAACUAACGCUGAGAAACUUAAAAGGGCUGUCAAGGAUUAUGGCAGCACUGUCAUCGUAUUUCACAUAGGCAUUUCACUAUUAUCGCUUGGUGCUUUCUACGCUCUUGUUUCUAGUGGUUUAGACCUCACAUCACUCGUCAAACUUAUCCCCAACUCGAGUGAACGCCUCGAGACUAUAAUGACAGGCUCAUCAACAUUUCUGGUUGCGUACGCAGUACAUAAGGUCUUCGCCCCUGUGAGAAUAUCGAUAACUCUGGCAUCCACACCAUUCAUUGUCAGAUAUCUUCGAAGAAUUGGCAUUCUGAAAAUGCCCAAAACGUGAUGAAACUAUUGAUGCAUGAGAUUGGAUCUAUCGCACUAAAAUUGUGAGAUGGGAAUGAGAAAAUUUGUUGAAACUGAAGAAUUGGUUCAGAUUAAAAUGGGAUUUACACGAUAUUUUUGCAACAAAAUAAAGGUUUUGGAAGACA